AUGGGCAGCCGGCCCCGCAGCCCCAUCGCCUACCUUGCGGACUGGUGGGGGCCGCAGCCCGGAGGACCUGGCCCUGGUAAGCGCCAUCGAAUGGAGGAACCCGAAGCUGAGGCGGUGCCCAGCAUGGACAACGUGCCUGAGCCCCAGGCCAAGGGCACGCUAACCUCCAUGGUGGUCCUGCCCGCCGGCUGUGGCCUGCACCUGCCCCUGGACGACGUCGACCUGCUGCUGGAGCCCGAGCCCACGUCCGUGCUGCAAGUGUCUCUCGGAGAUCACAUCCUCAUGCUGGUCCCCAAGGCCCUCCUGGGCUCGGGUGUGGAAGGCCCGUGGGGACAGGGCCUGGGACGGGGCGCUUUCCUGAGCGCUCCAGGGGAGUACAUGGCCCUGGAGCCGGGAUUCUUGUGCGCAGCUGUCCCAGAGAUCGCCUGCCAAGAAGAGGCCAACAAGGAGGACGCGGACGCCGAGUUCCUGCCGCCUGGGAUGGAUGCUGAAGCCGGCUACGUCACAGGGCUCCGCAGCCCCGCGGCAAGGGUGUCAGGUCCCAGCGCGCAGGGCUUUGUCCCAGAGCCCUGGCCUCGGGCGCCCAACCCCAGUCCAGAGAGAGGCUCUCCUCACCAUGACGACAACCUGUACUUGCACCUUCCGGAGCCCUUCCCCGACCCACCACUCCAACCUCUACCUCCCUCUCCUUGUCCGGGUCCUCACGAGCGCCCCCAACGCCCUCUCAUGGUCCUCUGCUCAAGGGCGGAAAAUGCCUGA